GCCAUGAGCAAGAACAAGCAGAGCAAGCAGGUGCCAGAGUCCACCAAGCCCCUGUCUCCGUCCAAAGGCCAGAAGCCUCCCAGGAUGCCCAAGUGCUCCCGCUGCAGAAACCACGGAUACGUGUCUCCUCUGAAGGGACACAAACGGUUCUGUAACUGGAGGGACUGCCAGUGUCCCAAAUGUAAACUGAUAGCAGAGAGGCAGAGAGUCAUGGCGGCGCAGGUUGCUUUGAGGAGGCAGCAGGCCCAAGAGGAGGAGCUUGGGAUUUGCAGUCUUGUGACUUUUUCUGGACCUGAGGUGUCAGUAAAGAACGAAGCUGGAGCAGACUGUCUGUUUUCUGUUGAAGGAUGCUCCAGCACGCCCACUAGCGUCUCCACUUCUUUGUCUGUUGCAGGAAGUCACUCAGCAUCAUCUUCUAGCCCACCAACUACUGCCAGGGCUCAUACUGAAGCACCGUCCGAUCUGCUGCUGGAAACCUCUUAUUACAAUUUCUACCAGCCUUCACGCUACCCCUCCUACUAUGGCAACCUUUACAACUACCAGCAGUACCAGAUGCCCCACAAUGAUGGCCGACUAUCUAGCCACAACAUGUCCUCUCAGUACCGCAUGCAUUCUUACUACCCCGGAGCCUCCUACCUGACUCAGGGUCUGGCCUCCACCACCAGUGUGCCCUCCUUAUUCAGCCUGGAUGACAACAACAGCUGCUCUGAUUCCAUGGCAGCUCCCUUCUUAUCCAGCAGCAUCGCCAGCGGCCACGACUCCACCAUGACCUGUCGCGCCAUCAGCUCUCUGGUUAACUCUGACGUCAAGGCUGAGUGUGAGGCCAACAACCAAAUGGUAAACUUUGCUGUCAACUCCAUCGACGGUGACACCAGCAAAUGAA